AUGUCGGAGUCUGUGCUGGGAACAGACACCGGCUCGGGCUCGGACUGGGAAACGUCUACCGAGGACGCAGACAACGGCGAGUACGGGCCGUCUGCCAUCCCCAAACGGGUCUACUCGUCGUCGUCCGAGGUGUCGAGCCGUCGCAACUCGCUCAACACCAACAUCAAGCGGCCCAGCGUGUCGGAACUGCUCAGUCUCGAAUCGCAUUCCGUGCCCCCUUCGCCCAGUGCCACGCCGGCACAGGACCCGCACAGCCCCAAACUGCACCCAGACGAUCAGUUCGACCUGGCCGGAGCGCCAUCGCCCAACCUGUUUUUCAAAAAGAUCGUCUCAAAGAAGAAAAUGGUGCCCAAAGCGAAAUCGUUCAAACGGGUGGUGAUCGACCUGGAACACGAGUUCUCGCCGCUCGACACAGAAAUUAGGCACGAGUCGAUGGUCACGUCUGCGCUCAAGGACGAGUCGCGCGCUUUGUCGUCCCGAAUAGCCACAGCUCUGCUCGCAAGACCCUCCUCACUCAACCAGGACAACCUGAAAAAAUUCGAAAUCAUCAACAGGGCAAACGAACUGUGGAACCAGCGCCCCGUGCUGCGCUCCCGCUCGAACUCGGCCGCCUCCACGGUGUCCGACAUGGCACCCCAGCCGCCGCAGCCACCCGUCCAGACCCCACGCGUGAAAAAACGACGCCCCGACGAAGGGCCGAAGACCAGCUCGUCGAAACGCCGUGUCGUGUCGAUCACCCACUCGCCCACGCCGCCAUUCUUCCCGCCCAGCCGCAAAAACUCCAAACUCGUCCACGCCGCCCCGGUCGAUCUCGAGGCCAUCAGGCUCGACAAGGUGUGA